CGCAGAAAGCUUUUUUUUCUUCUUUAACCUGUCAGUUGAACGACCAUGUCAAUGAUGCAACCACAAAUCAUUCUGCUGAAAGAAGGCACCGAUACCUCGCAAGGCAAAGGACAACUUCUUUCCAACAUUAACGCAUGUGCUGCCGUGGUUGAUACUGUAAAGACGACAUUGGGCCCCAGAGGCAUGGAUAAACUGAUGGUCGAUGGUCGAGGUCAAGUCACCAUUUCCAACGAUGGUGCUACUAUCAUGAAGUUGCUGGAUAUCGUCCAUCCUGCAGCCAAGACCUUGGUGGAUAUUGCUCGUUCACAAGACGCCGAAGUUGGUGAUGGUACGACCAGUGUGGUUCUGUUGGCAGGUGAACUUUUGAAGGAAGUGAAAGGUUACAUUGAAGAAGGCGUUAGCCCUCACGUCAUUAUUAAGGGGUACAGAAAGGCUGCUCAGUUGGCUACUGCCAAGGUCAAGGAGCUCGCUGUAAAGGUUGAUCGGGAUAACGAAGUUGAAUUCCGUGAUCUUUUGACCAAAUGUGCGGCCACGGCUAUGUCUUCGAAAUUAAUCUAUUCUCAAACGGAUUUCUUUACAAAGAUGGUGGUCGAUGCUGUUUUGAUGUUGGAUCAAGAAAGCUUGAACGAACGUUUGAUCGGUAUUAAGCGUGUUCCUGGUGGUGCUAUGCAAGAUUCUAUGCUUGUGAAUGGUGUUGCUUUCAAGAAAACUUUCUCUUAUGCCGGUUUCGAACAGCAGCCCAAGUCUUUCAAAAAUCCCUCCAUCUUGUGUCUCAACGUGGAACUGGAACUCAAGGCCGAGAAAGAUAAUGCCGAAGUGCGUGUGGAAGAAGUAUCAGAAUACCAAGCCAUUGUCGAUGCCGAAUGGCAAAUUAUUUUCCAGAAACUCGAAGCGAUUGUGGCCAGCGGUGCCAAGGUGGUCUUAUCCAAGUUGCCCAUUGGUGAUCUUGCUACUCAAUACUUUGCGGAUCGUGACAUCUUCUGUGCUGGUCGCGUUACCAAGGAUGAUAUGGAUCGUGUGAUUCAAGCUGUGGGUGGUGCGAUUCAGUCGACUUGUUCUGACCUCCGUCCCGAGCAUUUGGGUCACUGUGAAACGUUUGAAGAGAAGCAAAUUGGUAGUGAAAGAUUCAACCUGUUCGAGGGAUGCCCUGAAGCCAAAACAUGUACAUUGAUCCUCCGCGGUGGUGCUGAGCAAUUUAUUGCUGAAGUGGAACGAUCGUUGCAUGACGCUAUUAUGAUUGUACGACGUGCCAUCAAGAACAACUGGGUCGUUGCUGGUGGUGGUGCGAUUGAAAUGGAAAUUUCCAAAUACUUGCGUGUCCAUUCGCGUACCAUUGAAGGCAAACAGCAGCUGAUUAUUGGCGCCUUUGCUAAAGCGCUCGAAGUGAUUCCAAGACAACUCUGUGACAAUGCUGGUUUUGAUGCAACAGAUAUCCUUAACCGAUUAAGAAUGACACACGCACAAGGCGGACAAUGGUACGGUGUGGAUGUGAAUAACGAGACGAUUGCAGACAACUUUGAAGCUUUUGUCUGGGAGCCUGCGCUGGUGAAGACCAAUGCUAUUGCUGCUGCUACCGAAGCAGCUUGCUUAAUUCUGUCUGUGGAUGAAACUGUGAAGAAUGCUCAGAGCGAGAAGCCCAGUACAGGCAUGCCUCGCGGUGGUGGUGCAGCCGGUAUGGGACGUGGCCGUGGUAUGCCAAGACGAUAAAUUUUUUUUUUGUCUUGUGCAGGAUUUUUCUCUAAUUUGCGUAAUAUCCCCAAAAACUAAAAAAGCCAAUCAGUGAAUAUCGCCUUUUUUCAAAAUACAGUUUUCACUAAAAUUAUUUGGCAGACAAAGCAGAGUUAAGACUAA